GAUGUAUGAACAGGUACACACUCCUCCGACAUCCCGGGAUGGAUACAGGACUCCGGCUCAAGAGCCCUUCCACCAUGAUCCUAAUGAUGGUCGCCCUCUGCACCGCAGCGCUCCAGGCAGUGACGGCUACCAGAGCCUGUGGGAAGACGGGAUUGCAGUCCAGAAUCUUCGGUGGAAGUUCAGUUGUUCCGAGUGAAUUUCCGUGGCACGCCACGUUGACCUACAAGGGGAAGCCAUUCUGCGGGGGGAGCCUGGUCUCUGAUCGGUGGGUGGUCACCGCCUCUCACUGCUUCGAUCGUAAAGCCAAUGAGGACAAAAGGGACCCCAAGUUAUGGCAAGUUCACCUGGGCGUCACCAAAAUGGGGUACACUCCAGCGGAGAGCAGUGCCGUCACUAUGGUACCAUCCCGGAUCGUGAUCCAUGAGAACUUCACCAAAUACACCAACGGCUUUGACAUUGCUCUGGUGGAGCUGCCAUCUCCGGUGAAUUUCACCCGUUUCAUCUCUCCUAUUUGUCUUCCGGAGAGCGCCCACCGCUUCAACCUGCGAAGAACCUGCUAUGCCACCGGUCUGGUGACUGUGCCAGAGGAUGUGCCCCUGGACAGCAAGAGGUCCUUACAGAAAGUUGGCCAAAUUUUGAUCGGUUGGCGAACCUGCAAUUGUAUCUACAACACACACAAGAGGCCCGAUUUAAGCAACCCUGCGAACCCCAGCAUGUUGUGCAUUACAGAGGGUGACGGAAAGAAGGGCCCGUGUCAGGGAGACUCUGGUGGGGCCGUGGUUUGUGAGGAAGACGGGGUCUGGUUCCAUGCUGGAGUUAUCAGCUUUUCCCAAGGUUGUCACUUGCUGAACAGUCCCACCAUUCUGUCCUCUGCCUCCUUCUACCAAGACUGGAUUAAGCAAAAGACCGACAAUCAAGCCUCCUUCUCUCCCCAGACCUUGGCGGUAGUGGAUGACGUGGACAACGACACUUGCAGUGACCUUCUCAGCAAUCACACAGCAGGUUGUGGAAUCUCCCAAGUCAGUGAUCCUUCUUCUAGCAGUCCUGGAACUUGGCCAUGGCAAGUGGACCUCUGGAGAGAUGGGAAGAGGACAUGCAGCGGGGCCCUUAUCUCAGACAGUUGGGUGAUAACAGCGGCAGAAUGUUUUAUUGGCCCUGACUCGUCUGAACUGGCAGAGGAUUGGUCGGUCACAGUGGCUAGCGGGACACCCGCGAUGAGAGACAUUGCGGUGCGGAAGAUCAGUAUUCAUGGGUCCUACAUCAGCCCUGACAAAGGUUACAACCUGGCUUUGGUUCUGCUGGCUCAGCCCGUGCCCCUGGGACCAUACACCCAAGCUGUCUGCCUGCCCGCUUCCUCCCAUCCUACGCCAUAUGGCUCUUCAUGCUGGCACAUAGUUGGGAACAAUUCACAUCCUGAAGACCAGACGGGUGCACCACAUGGAGAAAAAUUGGAGUUGUUAGGCCCCAACCAGUGUAACUGCAUCUACAGCCGUCCAAACUCCAACAACCGCACCGAGUCUGUAAUGGAGGGGAUGAUAUGUGCAUCCAGAGAGGGCGAGAAGAACAGCAGCCAAUGCAUGGGUGACUUGGGUGGACCCCUUGUGUGUAAAGAGGAUGGGACUUGGUUCCUGACGGGUGUGUAUAACUAUGGAGGAGAAUGCAGGGAAGGAACAGAUUCUACACAGCCAAGAGUGUUUACCCAACUAACCACGUAUGAGGACUGGAUAGACAAGGAGACCCGAGAAACGUUUUUCCGACCUGUGAUCAGUGCACCACCACCCAAGCCAGACACGGACAGAUGCUCUUUUGACAGUCCAAGAGGUUGUGGAAAUCCAGUUGCGACUCCCAGUCCUGAGCCUAUCGGGGAGGCCACAGAUAAGAUGUGGCCGUGGCAGGUUGAUCUUCAACAGUUUGAGUCCCACAUCUGUUCCGCAGUCCUUAUUUCAGAGACCUGGAUCCUCACAGCGGCUCGCUGCAUUCCCAGCUACACAUCUCUGAAUGAAUACACCAUCAUUCUAGGCCGCAAGCAGCAGAACGAGCCAAGCCCCAGAGAGGUGCAGCGCCAGAUCAAGAAGGUGGUGCCUCACCCAGACUACAAGCCAGAGACGGGAGAGAAUGAUGCAGCUUUGGUAGAGAUGAACUAUGGCGUCACUUUCAGCGACUACAUCCUGCCCGUCUGCCUGGCGCCCUCCCAUGCUUCACCCCCCGCAGACAAAUGCUGGGUCAUCGGCUGGGGAAGAGUGUACCCUUCAGAUAACACCUUCUCUCCUCCAUUGAGGCAUCUUCGGGUCCAUCUCUGGGAUGGAAAGCACUGUGGCUCUUUGGAAAACAUAACACAGACUGGUGGACCGGGGCAAAUCUGUGCAGCUGCUAACAAUACGGCAUUUACAUGCCUGCUGGAUGACAGCACCCCCCUGGUAUGCCAACCAAACUCCAAAGGUCCUUGGUUCGUGUUUGGUGUUGGCAGCCAAACUUCUCCAACCAAAUGGAAUCCCUGUCCCAGUAACUUCACGUCUGUGGUGCCCAUGUUAUCAUGGAUCAGAGAGGUGGUUCCCAAAACGGACCUGAGUCUCUUGGAGAGCAACACGACAGUUCCGACACCUGGCUACAAUGAGACUUCGGCCUCUCCUAACACGACAGUUCCGACACCUGGCUACAAUGAGACUUCGGCCUCUCCUACCACAACAGUUCCAACACCUGGCUACAAUGAGACUUCGGCCUCUUCUAACACGACAGUUCCGACACCUGGCUACAAUGAGACUUCGGCCUCUUCUAACACAACAGUUCCGACCCCUGGCUACAAUGAGACUCCGGCCUCUCCUAACACGACAGUUCCGACACCUGGCUACAAUGAGACUUCGGCCUCUCCUACCACAACAGUUCCGACACCUGGCUACAAUGAGACUUCGGCCUCUCCUAACACGACAGUUCCGACACCUGGCUACAAUGAGACUUCGGCCUCUCCUACCACAACAACUGCGACGCCAAAUCCUCUGAACACAACGUUGGGUCCACAAAGUUCGAACACAACCUACCGAGAAAGUGACGUGUCUACUAAAGAGGUCCACAAUUUCACUACUUCCAGCACCCAAAGUUCCUGUCUAGAGCCCGACCAUGGAAGUGGGAUCAAGUGUCCCGGGCACACAACGGUGCCACCGCAGAUUCAGAACUCAACCUUGUCUUCUUCAACGACGACUCAAAAAACUGGCUCAACCGGGAACACCACGGCCUCUGGAGUGGAUGCCUUGUGGAGGAGCUGGAUAGGCCAAGCUCUUCUGACCGUUCUUUUUGUUUGUCAUUACUGCUGAUUGGUUUCUGGAGACGACUUGCCUUCCGAGAAGCCAAAAACAUCAUCUAGAGGUGUUACAGCAAUUAUGAGUUCAGUCAACGAGUUUUCAUCCACCGCCUACAAACGGCUGUGAAUUUCUAUGGGCCAGCGUCUUCAUCAGGGGCGUUGCUAGGUGGCAUAAAGACCAGGGGCUUCAGCCCGAAGUCCAAGGCCGGGAACUGGGGGGGAGGGGGUUUGUAUGUGAUUUUUAUGGCUAUCACGUGACCUACCUACACUGAUGGUAGUGACCUACAUACAC